AUGCAAUACAAGAAAUUCGCUGCUGCUACCGUCGCUUCCCUAGCUGCCACUGUCUCUGCUGAAGGUUACACCCCAGGUGAUGUUUGGUCAACUUUGACUCCAUCCGGUACUUACAAGGGUGCUUACACUGACUAUACCUCUACCUUUGGUAUUGCUGUUCAACCAAUCGCUUCAUCUUCUUCUACUUCUGUUGCUAAGAGAGCUGUUUCUCAAAUUGGUGAUGGUCAAAUUCAAGCUCCUACUACCACUACAACUACUGUCCAAAAGACUACUGCUGCCGCUGUUUCUCAAAUUACUGAUGGUCAAGUUCAAGCUACCACCAAGACCACCACCACCGUUCAAAAGACUACUCAAGCUGCUGUUUCUCAAAUUACUGAUGGUCAAGUUCAAGCUACCACCAAGACCACUACCACCGUUCAAAAGACUACCCAAGCUGCUGUCUCUCAAAUAGGUGACGGUCAAAUCCAAGCUACUACUGCCAAGAACACUGAAGCUGCUAUUUCUCAAAUUGGUGACGGUCAAGUUCAAGCUACUACCGCCAAGAACACUGAAGCUGCUGCUUCUCAAAUCACAGAUGGUCAAAUCCAAGCUUCUACUAGAGUUACCUCUACCUUAGAACCAGCCUCUGGCUCUUCAUCUGCUUCUUCUGCAUCUGCUUCUUCUACUGGUCCAUUGGAAAUCAACAACGUUUCAUGUGGUACCAACAGUACUUUAUCCAUGACUUUGAAGGGUGGUAUCUUGACUGACUCCAAUGGUAGAAUUGGUUCCGUUGUUGCUAACAGACAAUUCCAAUUCGAUGGUCCACCACCACAAGCUGGUGCCAUCUAUGCUGCUGGUUGGUUCAUCACCCCAGAAGGUAACUUGGCUAUUGGUUCUAACGAUGUUUUCUACCAAUGUUUGUCUGGUAACUUUCACAACUUAUACGAAGAAUCUAUCGGUACUCAAUGUGCCCCAGUCCCUUUGGAAAUUGUCUCUUUGGUCAAUGUUAACAUACAGGUUAUGGGGAAACAUUUAAUAUUGGUCUGGUUAGAAUAA